CAAAGAAAAAUCAUUGAAAAGGUUGGUGGGAAGCUUGACGAGGUUGAAGUUGAACACUGCAGGCUGCAGCCAGCGGUACAACGUCAAAACCCAACUACUGAGAGUCCGAGAGAGAAAUUAGAAGCACUUCAAACUUCACAAAUUGACUUUGCGAUCUUCAAAGAGGGGAGAGAGAGAGAGAGAGAGCAAUGGAGGCCGUGGUUGCUUCAGCUCCAGGGAAGGUGUUGUUGACGGGAGGUUACCUGAUUUUGGAGAGACCCAAUGCAGGCCUUGUUCUCAGCACCAAUUCUCGCUUCUUCGCCAUUGUCAAGCCACUUUACCACCAGCUCAAGCCUGAUAGCUGGGCUUGGGGUUGGACGGAUGUGAAAUUGACGUCUCCUCAGCUCUCCAGAGAAAGCAUCUACAAACUCUCCCUCAAAAAUUUAUCACUUGAAUACGUCUCUUCAAGUGACUCGAAGAACCCUUUUGUGGAACAAGCGGUGCAAUACUGUGUAGCUGCUGCCCGUGCCACAGUUGACAAGAACAAGAAAGAUUCAUUAGAAAAACUACUAUUGCAAGGUCUUGAUAUCACAAUUUUAGGCAGCAAUGACUUUUAUUCUUAUCGGAACCAGAUUGAAGCCCGUGGUCUGCCUUUGACUCCGGACGCAUUGGCUGCAUUACCUCCUUUUGCCUCGAUUACCUUCAAUGCUGAGGAAUCAAAUGGAGAAAAUUGUAAGCCUGAAGUUGCAAAAACUGGAUUGGGUUCAUCUGCGGCAAUGACAACUGCUGUUGUUGCUGCUUUGCUUCAUUACCUCAGAGUUGUUGAUCUUUCCUCCGUGCUUGAAGAUCAUCAACAUGAAAAAUACACUGCAGAUCUUGAUUUGGUGCAUGUUAUAGCUCAAACUGCUCAUUGCAUUGCACAGGGAAAAGUGGGCAGUGGGUUUGAUGUUAGUUCUGCAGUUUAUGGAAGUCAACGCUAUGUCCGCUUUUCACCGGAAGUGCUUUCUUCUGCUCAGGUUGCAGUGAAGGGAACUCCACUACAAGAAGUCGUUCUUGAAAUCCUGAAAGGAACGUGGGACCAUGAGAGGACUAAGUUCUCCUUGCCACCAUUGAUGACUCUUGUACUUGGAGAACCAGGAACUGGAGGAUCAUCCACUCCAUCAAUGGUGGGUGCUGUGAAAAAGUGGCAGAAGGCUGACCCUCAGAAAUCCUUGGAAACAUGGAGAAAGUUGUCAGAGGCAAAUUCAGCACUUGAAACACAACUCAGUACAUUGAGCAAAUUGGCAGAACAACACUGGGAUGAAUAUGAAAGCUUGAUAAAAAGCUGCAGCAUUCUCAAAUCAGAGAAGUGGAUACAGCAAGCCGCUAAACCAAACCAAGAAGCAAUUAUUAAAGCAUUAUUAGGAGCAAGAGAUGCUAUGCUUCGGAUCAGGUAUCAUAUGCAUCAGAUGGGUGAGGCUGCAGGUGUUCCGAUAGAACCAGAAUCACAAACUAGUCUUUUGGAUGCCACUAUGAAUAUGGAAGGAGUUUUGUUGGCUGGAGUUCCUGGAGCAGGUGGGUUUGAUGCCGUAUUUGCUGUUACCUUAGGGGAUUCUGGAAGCCAUGUUGCAAGUUCUUGGAGUUCGUUCAAUGUUUUGGCCUUGUUAGUGAGAGAAGAUCCUCAUGGUGUUUCUUUAGAGAGUGCUGAUCCACGAACCAAGGAAAUUACUUCAUCCAUUUCUUCAGUUCACAUUGAAUAAGCUCGUCUUCUUCAAAUUUUUUUGUGAUAAACUAGAACAAUUAUAUACGGAGAAAAAAUGUGACUUGCAAGAGGAAUUGUAUUAGAGUGUGGAUAGUAAAUCAAUUUGUCAAUGUUUAAGAGACAAAUAUGUACGUAAAGCAACCAACUAAAUUAGGCUUCUGUUUGUCUUAAUUUCCUUGAAUAAUUGUGCAAUAAAAGAAGUUACUCAAACAAAAUCAAUGAGUACCAUUUAUUUAAACUGUUCA